AUGAGCUUGAAGCUGAGAGUACUCCUAGCUGUCAGGCGAUCUUUUGCUACUCAGAUUGAGCAGCCACAAUCCGGCCUCGCUCAAAUAGGUCCCUUGGCCGAGUAUCAACGGAGAAUCGCCAUUAAUCUUAUGAAGCCAAAUGAGGCCCAGUUUCUCUCGAUCGUCAAGCUUCAAAGAUUGACCGAGGAUCUGUUGGAUUAUCAACCUCCUGUAGUCAUAAGGCCAUAUUCAAACAAGUCCAAGGCUAUUGCAAUGACUGGUGAUGCACCGCCUACAGAACCCAACUCUGAUGCCCGAUCGAUGAUUCCCAUCAUAACGGAUGAUACAACUGAAGUCAUUGGCCCAACUGGGCUCUGGAUUCAUGGUGAAGUCGGGACGGGCAAAACACUCUGCAUGGACAUGUUUUACGACUCGUUGCCUAUCGAAAAAAAGAGGCGAAUACACUUCCACAACUUCAUGUUGGAUGCCUACAGACGUAUCAACGAAUGGCAGAAUCACCCCGAUCCGUCUGUCCGGUCUUCUCAUGUCAUGAGUCAUGUAGCUAGGGACUUUGUUGGAGAGUCGUGGCUGCUCUGUUUUGAUGAAUUCCAAGUAACGGAUAUCGCAACGGCUACCGUGGUGCGGCAGCUGUUUACCCACAUGUUUAAAUUGGGAGCUGUGGUGGUCGCAACCAGUAAUAGAGCUCCCGAUGAGUUAUAUAAGGGAGGGUUUCAACGCGAGCACUAUGCUCCGUUCAUAGAUUUGCUCAAUGAUAGAUGUGAGGUCCUGAACCUGAAGAGCAAAGAAGAUUAUAGGGAGAUGAUGUUGAAGGAAUCCCCUGUCAGUGCUGAACUAGAUGUGUAUUAUAGGAGAGACGAUCCCGACCAGGCCAAAGCAUUCGUGCAGAGAGUCUCCAAGCUGUUUUAUGGACUCGAGUUGACGAAGGCUGAAUUUAAUAUUUAUGGCAGAACUGUCGUCGUGCCAAAGCAAGCAAAAGGCCUGGCUCUUUUGACUUUUGAUGAGCUAUGUGGACAGCCUUUGGGGCCCGCAGAUUACCUUCAGCUCUGCUCUUUGUACCACACCAUCGUUCUUCAAUCAGUGCCUAGAAUGGGUCUAUUGCAGAAAAAUGAGGCAAGAAGGUUUAUUACUUUCAUUGAUGCUGCCUACGAAAACAAGGUCAAACUUAUUUUAUCAGCAGACGAAGACCCAGAAAAUCUUUUCAAUAUUGUCGCCGAUCCUGCCGCAGAAGAAGAUAGCGACACAUUCAUGCAUCGAGAAAUGAUGGGAGAUUUGAUGGGGUUGACAAAGAGGGGGAAGAGAAUGAACAGUCACGACAUCAUGAAGUUGGCCAUCUUUACUGGUGCUGAUGAGCGAUUCUCCUUCGCUCGUGCUGUAUCCAGGCUGCGAGAGAUGCGCUCAUCAUUAUGGGCGUUACAGGAACACUCACCGCAACACGUAAAUAAUGAAGCAUCUCCUCAAUAUUCAAAACCCGCCACAACAUCACCGAAUUCACCUGCCACAUCAGCAGCCAGCAGUGAGCCAACAAUAGAACCUUCCGAAUACCACACACUCAACCAUCAUUCUCAGUCAGAUGAUUUUGGAGACGAAGCUAGUUACAGAGGACUGAUUAAACAAUACGCUCGAUUUAAUAGCCAGACAUCGUUAGCUGAUACCGUCAGGAAUGCAAUUAAUGAGAAAAUGUCUGAAAGAAAUGCAGACAAGCCGAAAUUCAAGGAUCCACACUUUUGGGGAAUGGGUAAAUGGGGGAAACGAGCUGGGAUAUGGGGAAUUGGGCCUACAAGUGGGGAAGAUGCAAAUAAGACGGAUACGUAUCUGGCAGAACGUGAAGAUAGAGACAAGUCUGAUGCUGAAGCUGAUGCGAAAAAGAAGAACUCAUAG